AAUGCCAUGAACUUGCCGCCCGACAAAGCCCGGCUGCUGAGGCAAUACGACAACGAGAAGAAGUGGGAGCUCAUCUGUGACCAGGAAAGGUUUCAAGUGAAGAAUCCCCCGCACACGUACAUCCAGAAGCUGAAGGGCUAUCUGGACCCGGCCGUCACCAGGAAGAAAUUCAGAAGACGAGUGCAGGAGUCUACCCAAGUACUCCGAGAACUGGAGAUUUCCUUAAGAACAAACCACAUCGGAUGGGUCAGGGAGUUCCUGAAUGAAGAAAACAAAGGCCUGGACGUUCUGGUGGAGUACUUGUCCUUUGCACAGUACGCAGUCACGUUUGACUUUGAGAGCCUGGAGAACAACGUGGAGACCUCGAUGGACAAGUCCAAACCUUGGAGCCGAUCCAUCGAGGACCUGCACAGGGGCAGCAAUUUGCCCUCCCCGGUUGGCAACAGCAUUUCCCGCUCGGGCCGACACUCGACGCUACGGUAUAACACCUUGCCAAGCCGAAGGACGCUAAAAAAUUCCCGGUUAGUGAGUAAAAAAGAUGACGUCCACGUCUGCAUCAUGUGUUUACGGGCCAUAAUGAAUUACCAGUACGGAUUCAACAUGGUCAUGUCGCACCCGCACGCCGUUAAUGAAAUUGCACUAAGUUUGAACAACAAGAACCCCAGGACAAAAGCCCUCGUCUUAGAGCUUUUGGCGGCCGUUUGCCUCGUCAGGGGAGGACACGAAAUCAUUUUGUCUGCGUUCGAUAACUUUAAAGAGGUGUGUGGAGAGAAACAGCGCUUUGAGAAGCUGAUGGAGCACUUCCGCAAUGAAGACAACAACAUAGACUUCAUGGUGGCCUGCAUGCAGUUCAUCAACAUCGUGGUCCACUCGGUGGAGGACAUGAACUUCAGGGUGCACCUGCAGUACGAGUUCACGAAGCUCGGGCUGGACGAGUACUUGGACAAACUGAAGCACACGGAGAGCGACAAGCUGCAGGUGCAAAUCCAGGCGUACCUGGAUAACGUCUUCGAUGUGGGAGCUCUGCUGGAGGAUGCUGAAACCAAGAACGCAGCCCUGGAAAGGGUGGAAGAACUGGAAGAAAACAUUUCCCAUUUAUCCGAAAAGCUCCAGGACACGGAGAACGAGGCCAUGGCGAAGAUUGUGGAGCUGGAGAAGCAGCUGAUGCAGAGGAACAAAGAGCUGGAUGUGAUUCGGGAGAUCUACAAAGAUGCCAACACCCAGGUCCACACCUUGAGGAAAAUGGUGAAGGAAAAAGAAGAGGCCAUCCAGCGACAGUCAACGCUGGAGAAAAAGAUCCAUGAGCUGGAGAAGCAGGGAAGCAUUAAGAUCCAGAAGAAAGGGGACGGUGACAUCUCCAUCCUUCCCGUCACUCUGACCUCAGGGAUGGUGCCGGCAGGGCCAGAGGCUGCAGCUGGUGCCUGCAUCGUGCCGGCCGCUGGAGCUGCAUCGUCAGUGCCGUUGCCACCACCUCCUCCACCGUU